AUGGAGGCGGCGACGCGGUGGCGCUUCUCCCGCGUUGUGCCCUAUCGCAUGGUGAAGCGGGCAACUUUGGUGAACGCAAGGAUCAAGUGGGUCAAGGACCCUGCGCUGGAUGCUGUUGUCUCCCGCGAGCGCCACCUUCGCCCCGCCGUCGACCUCGUCCACGCCAUCUACGCCUCCGCCACUGGCGGCGGCGGCGGUUGCGGCCGCGAGGGCGUCCCAGUCCACGAGAUCCCCUCUCGGCGCCGCUUGGGCCUCCCCGCCACCGUCCCCUCCACCACGGCCUUCAUGCGCCGCCACCCCGCCGUCUUCCACGAGUCCCGCCCCUCUCCUUCAUCUUCCUCCCCGUCCUCCGCCCGCCCCUUCCGCUGGUUCGGGCUCACCCCGGAGGCCGCAGCGCUCCGCCGCGAGGAGGCGGCAGUCAUGAGGGAGAUGGAGGUGGAGCUCGUCAACCGAUUGAGGAAGCUGCUCAUGCUCGCCGGCGCCGGCGCCCUCCCCCUGCCGGUGGUCGACCAGCUCCGCUGGGACCUGGGUCUUCCCCUCGAUUACAGGGUCUCGAUUCUGCCCCGUUACCCACACUUCUUCCGCAUCGAGCCCGCCGCCUCCGGCGUGGCAGGCGGCGGCGCCGCGGACGAGCGCCACUGGCUGUGCCUCCUUUUCCGGGAUCCCCGCAUGGCCGUCUCACGCCUCCAGAUGGACGCCGGCGGGGAGGACGAGGGGGAACCAUUGGCCUUCCAGUUGAGCUUCACGCGCGGGUUCGGGCUCAAGAAGAAGUGGGUGGCGUGGCUCGAGGAGUGGCAGCGGCUGCCUUACACCUCCCCCUACGAUCACGCCGCCAUAGCUAUGCUGGACCCGAGGACGGACGCGGCGGAGAAGAGGGUGGUGGCGCUGUUCCACGAGCUGCUUCACCUGACGGUGGGGAAGAAGACGGAGCGGGCCAACCUGAGCAACCUGCGGGGCCCGCUGGGGCUGCCGUUCAGGUUCUCCAAGGUCUUCGGCCGACACCCGGGUGUGUUCUACCUGUCCCAGAAGCUAGCGACGCAGACGGUGGUGCUCCGGGAGGGCUACGCUGGCACCGAGCUCGUGGAGAAGCACCCCCUGGUGGAGAUCAGAGAGAGUUAUGUGGCCUUGAUGAGGGUAGGCAGAGAAGACGAGAGGGACGCUGGCGCCGGCGCAUUCGCUGGUGAGGCGGCGCUGAAUGAUUCGAGUUCCAGUCCCGAUGACGACGGGGUGGCGAAGAAUCCGAGGAAUGCGACCUUUUGCGGGGUAACAGGGGCUGAGUAG